AUAAUGAUCGAUUCGGGUUCCACAAUUGCGAUCGUGAGAUCUCGUCUGACAAAAAUUGAACAGCUGAUUCGUAUUAUAAUAAUAUAUAAUUAAUUUAUCCGCUUACAUAUUCUCUCUUAUCGUGACGCGAACCAUAUAUUUCGAGCAUCCAAUCACGACGUCUCGGCGCUAUUCCGUUCUAAUGUCAGUAUUGGUCGAUUAAAGCUGGUGGUUGUCCCUUGUCGGACAUGACAAGUUGGCCUUCGUGGCCUGUUUCUUCCUGCUUGAUAAGCUGUCAUGUAGAAAUGCCACGACUGUCGUCGCACCAUUAGACACUCUCGACCAUCAACUGUGCAAUCGAAAUGCAAUAUCAUAGUGCGAGGAAUAAUGAUGUGCACAAUGUGAUAUACAAUUGAAUGACGAUUUACGGUUUUCGAGCUCAUGCUUUGUGAUUGUAAACAUUAACUCACGCACUCUCGUACCCAGGUAGCAGCAGGUCUUCCGUUAUGAAUGCUUAUAAUAGAGGUGCACCAGGUAUAUCAGGAAAUACAUUUGAUUGUUGGGUUCAAAAAUCUAAUAUGCAUGAUGAUUCUGCUAUAACAAAAAUGCAACAUCAAUUCUGGGUAACAAAGCAAGUUUUGUCUCGGAGAUUAGGAAAGAAAGAAGACGAAUGUAUAAUUGCUUCGGAUGCUGAAUUGGAUGCAAAGCUAGAGUUGUUUCGCAGUAUUCAAGAAUCUUGUUCUUACUUACAAAGAGUUAUUGACAGAUAUCAAGAAAGAUUAUGCAAUUUAGCUCAGGAAGAAAAUGGAAUGGGACGUUUCUUGAAGGAUGCUGGGAAACAAGAUAAAACUCGUGCUGGCAAGAUGAUGUCAGCAGUUGGAAAAUCCUUAUCUUAUUCAGGUCAGCAAAGGCUUGCAUUAAGAGCUCCUUUGGGUCGACUGUAUCAAGAGGUAGAAACAUUUAGGCAAAGAGCUAUCGAAGAUACAUUACAAAAUGUGCAAGCAAUGGAAAAAGCUCGUACAGAAUAUCGAGCUGCCCUAUCAUGGAUGAAAAAUAUUUCUCAAGAUUUAGAUCCAGAUACGUCCAAACAAGUAGAGAGAUUUAAAAAAGUUCAAGCACGUGUCAAACAGGGCAAAAUAAUUUUUGACAAUCUGGCCCUUGACUGUCUUCAGAAGGUUGAUUUAUUAGCAGCAGCAAGGUGCAAUAUGUUCAGUCAUGCCUUAGUUUUAUACCAAACCACACUCCUGAAUUUUACAAAGAAAUCUACACAAGCUUAUUCUACGAUAGCAAACAGCUUUAAAGGCUAUCAACAUUUUGAUUUUACUGUUGUACGAGAACUGGCUGAAACUUCUAGUAAAUUGGCACAAGAAACAGGUGGUGAUGAGGAUAAAUUACCAUUUUUUGAUAUGGAUUAUCAUGAUGAUGUUGAGGAAGCACAAGAAGCUACUACAAAUUCAGAAAAUACAUCAGAAAAAACUAAACAAACUGAAAAGCUCUUGGAUAUAGAAAAUGAGCCAAAAGAUAUAUUGAUACAUUUAGAUUCGACUACAAAUUCUUCGAGCAAUGGAAUCGUGCAUAAUACUAAUGAUGUGGAAAGUGAUAAAGGUCUUGAAGAAUUCUUUGCAAAUCUGAACUUAGAAAAGGAUGUUUCUAAUACCACUGGACAAUCAACUACUAAAACUGAGAAAAAUGAUCAUUCCAAAUUUGAGAAAACUUCUGAAGAACAAAAGUUAGCAAUGGAUAUAUUUGAAGAGUGCAAUACAGAUUUUAAUUUAUCCGAUUUACCAUUGUUGUCAUCAGAAACUCAACAGGAGCAAUCAUUAAAUUUUUUGGCUUCUGAAAGUGCAGCACUAUUCGAUGAAAUUCUAAAUGACAAGCAGCAAUGUACGAGCAAUGAUUGGGAAGGCAUAUCAAAUGAUACUUUUCUACCACCAAACAUUUUGAAACAGAGUUUAGGAGAUGCAGCACUAGGUAUGGGACAGAAGAGUACCACAACUAAUAGCACAGACGACAAAAAAAAGAACAAGACUGGAAAGCAGAAAGGUAAUUCGUGGUUGGAUUUAUUUGCAGAAUUGGAUCCAUUGGCUAAUCCAAUGGAGAAUCUUUCCGGCGAUAGUAAUGCUUCUGCUUAAUUCAUAAUGCAAUUUAAUAUUAUCUUGACACUCUGGUUAUUUAAUAUUUAUAACAAUAAGGAAAAAACUGAUCAUUAUUAUUUAUUGCCAAUGAAUAUCAUGAUGCAGUGAAUGCAUAAAAUUUAA